AUGGCCGGUCAACUUGACGAAAAAGACGGAGAAGACGUCCUUGAGGAGCCGGCAGCCGACCUGGAAGCUGGAACGGAUAACAAGGCUACGAGAAUACAUUCGGUAACCCACGUGGACUCUAUUCCAAAUGGCGGCUUCCAGGCGUGGUUGCAGGUGCUCGGCGCCUUUUUCCUCUUCUUCAAUUCAUGGGGAAUAUUAAAUACCUUUGGUAGCUAUCAAGCAUACUAUGAGACAGCGUUACUGAAGGACUCCACGCCUUCUGCUAUAUCGUGGAUAGGAUCCAUCCAAUCCUUCCUCCUGUUGCUCGUGGGCUCUGUCUCCGGGCCUGUUUACGACGCAGGCUACUUCCGGUACCUCCUGCUCAGCGGCUCAGUCCUCCUCGUCUUCGGCCAAAUGAUGCUGAGUCUUUGUAAAGAGUACUGGCAGGUCCUCCUCGCGCAGGCUUUCUGCAUGGGGAUUGGAGCCGGCUGUCUCUUCGUCCCUAGUGUCGCCAUUCUCUCCACCUACUUCACCUCCAAACUCGCAUCUGCUACCGGCCUGGCCGCUGCUGGCAGCAGUCUAGGCGGCGUCAUCUACCCCAUCAUGUUCCACAAACUCAUGCCCACGGCCGGCUUCGGAUGGACGACGCGCGCCAUCGGCUUCAUGGUGCUCGCAACCCUCAUCGUCCCCAACACCGUGAUGCGCGUGCGCGUGCUGCCGUCGACGCGGCGCGCGCUGCUCGACCUGCCCGCGUUCAAGGAAGCCGCCUACACGACCUACGUCUUCGGCGCCUUCACCGGCUUCAUGGGGCUGUACAUGCCCUUCUUCUACAUCCAGAUCUACGCCAUCCGCGCGCACAUCACGACGGACAACCUGGCCUUCUACCUCAUCGCCAUCCUCAACUCGGCGUCCAUCUUCGGGCGCAUCGUGCCCAACAUCGUCGCCGACCGCGUCGGCGCCUACAACGUCAUCGUGCCGUGCGCGAUUAUCUCGGGCGUGCUGUGCCUGUGUCUCAUGGCCGUGCACUCGGUCGCCAGCAUCGUCGUCUUCGUGCUGCUGUAUGGGCUCUUCUCCGGCAGCAUGGUCAGCUUGCCGCCGACGAUUAUCGUGCGCUUGAGCUUGCAGCACCGCGGUAAGAUUGGGACGAGGAUGGGCAUGUGCUUUUCGGUGACGGCGAUCGGGUUGCUGAUUGGGGCGCCCAUUGGCGGCGUGAUUAUAGAUGCGCAUGGGUUCGAUUCGGUUUGGAUUUUCGGCGGCGUGUUGAUGAUUGCUGGGGGGCUGAUUAUGGGGGCGUCGCGGGUGGCCCAUGUGGGCUGGGGGUGGACAAAAGCAUGA